AAACCGUGCCAUAUUUUAGUGCAGUGAAAAAAAUCCCCAAAUUUUUUGUACUUUUUUUUAUUGGGUGACCUCGUGUUCGACACAGACAAACUUUAGUGCGCGAUGAGGGCUCGCCCCUCCGUUUUAUAGCGAUGUCGGCUCUCGUCCGACCCGUGUGGACGGCGCCUCUGCCUGCACAGUCGUCGUUGUCACACAUAAACAAGAGAAGACUGGAGUUCGGCGUGGAUGUGGAGACGUUCAGAGUGAGCGACAGAAGAGUGGAACGAGCUGAGAGCACGGACUCUAUGGAGGAGGAAGAGGUGGUGGGCAAGCGGCGACGGCGGCUUCUGGACGACGAGCGGCGCGACGAAACGGACUCGCGCCGGCGACCGCUGCCCGCGCACCGCCCGCACCCCGCGCUGCCCCCGCGCGCGCACGAAGAAGUCGACGAGACCCUCAUACGAGAAACACAGGCCGCUCUCAAAACCCUCUCGGGCAGCUGGUCCCGAGAGCGAACCUCCAACCACAGCGGCGACGACAACGACGACGCUAACGGCUUCGAGAACCUGUUCGACGACAAACGGUCUGACAAAAUGCUACCGUCUUCCCCAUCGCCGUCUUCGGAAAGCGCUGAUGCCUCGCAAAAAAGCUACUCGACGCGCCAUCAAGGUGACGAGCAUGCCCUGAACGGUCUCAGUGAUAGUGAGGACAGAGAUAAAAAACAGCAGAAAUCAGAUAGAGGCAGAAACAGCGAUGAAUACGAUAAACAUAAAUACUCCAACCACUACGAUGCGCCAAAUUUCGACGAGCUUGUCGAUUCGUCUUCCAACGAGUUAGAGAUAGACAUGUCGGAUAGGAAUGAUGAUAAGUAUGAUGAUGACAGAGAGAACAAACACAAGCGUAAAAGUGAACCUGUGACUGUGAAUAAACAGUCGUUGUAUAAUGCGUACAAAGCGGCGACGGCGGCGCUGCCAUAUUCGACGCAAUCAGCGUUUAAACCACCGGCGGAGGUCAAACACAGAAUCCAUUCGUCUUCCUUGCCGAGCGAACCAUUUGGAGGGUAUUCAAGUGAAGAUAAGAGUUCGGUGCACAAAGGAUCGAAGCAGUACACAGUCCUGCAGCCGGCAGGGGUAGGAUCGCGAGCGGCGUCCGCUUUGCAAGAAGCCCGUUCCGUGCCGACCGCACAGCCUCUACGAGACUCUCGCCCACUCACUGCGCUUUCUCCGCCUGUAAACAGAGAAGGCAACAAGUGUCCUACACCCGGCUGCAAUGGGCAGGGCCACGUCACCGGCCUCUACACACACCACAGGAGUCUGUCAGGAUGUCCAAGAAAGGAUAAAGUUACACCGGAGAUCUUGGCGUUGCACGAGACAAUAUUGAAGUGUCCGACGCCUGGUUGCAACGGUCGCGGCCACGUCAGCUCCAACCGUAGUACUCACCGUUCCCUCUCAGGGUGCCCCACCGCCGCUGCCAGGAAGGCAGCCGCCCGCACUCAGCGCGCUAGACCCACAGUGCCAGCGCCCCCGCCGGUCGCCGUAACGACCGACAGCAGCAGCGGUCCCCGCGAGCGCGAGCCGUCGCCCCCCGCCGUGAAGCGCGAGGCCCCCGACCUGCUCGUGCCGAAGAGAGAGGCCGCGGAGGCCGAGCGCGACUCCCCGGCGAUGGAGACGCGCCACGCGGGCUACGGCGCGCCACCCGACCAGCGCUCGCCGUACGAGCGCCCGCCCGACGACCACGUGCGCUCCUACAGUCAAAUGAACGAAGCGCGGUACGGGUAUGAACGGUGCUACGAGGGUGCGCCGGCGUUCGAGCGGUACGACCCUGCGCAGUGCCCGCAGCGGUACGGCUGGGAAGAGGACCGAUACCACGACCCGCACCUCCCCACGCCCAUGAAAACCGACCAGUCCGAGGAGACCACCUCCGGGCCCAUUUACCCUAGACCAAUGUACCACUACGAAGCGAGUAGCGGAGUAGGCGGCGUGAGCGCGAUGGCGCCGGUGCCCCCAGGCUUCUCGGCGAUCAACCUGUCGGUGAAGAUCGCCGCGGCGCAAGCGCAGCGUCCGCGCAGUCCCACGCCCCGCGACCCGCGCGACCCCCGUCCAGCCAUUGAUCUGUCCACGUCUAGUGGUAGUCCACAGGGUCCAUAUGCAUCACCGGUGUACACAAGCGCCGGUGGCGGCAGCGGGGGCGGAGCCCGAGGCAGUCCGCAGCCGGGCGCUUCGCCCCAGCUCACCGCCAGCCCCCAGGUGCCCAGUCCGCAGGGCCAGACCCUCGACCUUAGCGUGUCCCGUUUACCACAUAGCCGCGGAUUCCCUGGUGGAGUCUCAUAUAGUCGAGAAUCGACACCAGAUAGUGGAGGCAGCCAUCCUUACCUUGAAGCAUACCAUCGAGACCCAGCUGGUUACGGAGGCGUGAGUCCGCACCCAGUGGCGGGGUACGGGCUAGGCCAGCCGGACUACGCAGCGGCGGCGGCGGCGGCAGGCUACGGGGGCUACCAGUACCAAUGCGGCGCGUACCCGCCGCCGCCCGCGUACCCGCCGCACGCGCCGCCUUACUCGCCGCCCUGCUACAUGCCCCCGCCGCACGCGCCGCACGACAAGCCCAAAGACAGCAGUUUGUAUAUGUGCAGCCUGAGCGGGUGUCCGCGCGCCGACCGUUCGCAGCUGCAGCCGCAUUCUCAGGAGCUGAAGUGCCCGACUCCUGGCUGUGACGGCUCCGGCCACGUCACCGGCAACUACUCGUCACACCGCUCGCUCUCCGGCUGCCCUCGCGCCAACAAACCUAAGAGCAAGCCCAGAGAUGGGCAAGACUCCGAACCGCUCAGAUGCCCUAUACCGGGCUGUGAUGGAUCUGGACACGCUACAGGGAAAUUCUUAUCGCAUCGAAGUGCCUCGGGAUGUCCGAUUGCGAAUCGCAACAAAAUGCGGGUGUUGGAGAGUGGGGGUACGGUGGAGCAGCAUAAGGCAGCAGUGGCGGCGGCGGCGUCGGCUAUCAAGUUCGACGGGGUGAACUGCCCCACACCGGGUUGUGACGGCUCGGGGCACAUCAACGGCUCCUUCCUCACGCACCGCUCGCUGUCUGGCUGCCCCGUAGCCGGCGCCGCGACCCCCACGCCACAGCCCAAGAAGCCGAAGUACCCUGAUGACAUCACACCGCUGUACCCCAAACCUUAUUCGGGUAUGGAGAUGAACAUGCAAACAGGGAACGGCGAAGACCUGAUGACCCUCGAGCAGGAGAUCACAGAGCUGCAGCGCGAGAACGCGCGCGUCGAGUCCCAGAUGAUGCGCCUCAAGUCCGACAUCAAUGCCAUGGAGACACACCUCAGCCACGGCGAGAGGGAGAACCAGCUGAUCUCGCAGCGCAACAACAACCUGAACGAGUACUACGAGAGCCUGCGCAACAACGUGAUCACGCUGCUGGAGCACGUGCGCAUCCCGGGCGGCGCGCCCGCCGCCGCGCCCGGCGCCGCGCCCGCGCCGCCGCCCGGGGACAAGCCGGCGCACGACAACUUCGACUCGUACCUCACCAAGCUGCAGACGCUCUGCUCGCCCGACGGCUACUGCCCCGACGAGAACCGCCCCAUCUACGAAACCGUCAAAAACGCGCUCCAGGACUUCACAGUGCUCCCUACCCCCAUUUAAGGUUCACAGAGCGCCGCCGAACCAGAACGACAAUGAACUGAAACCGACCACGGUCGCGAUCGGCGGAGCUUAUCACGCGAACUGACUCAUCAGUGAUGAACCUAGUGUUAAUGAUUCUAGUGAAGUGAAGUGCGGAGAGCGUAGUCUCGGAUUCUAAGCUUUCACCAAAGAUUUUAAGACGGUAAUCGAAAAAUCGUUUGUAAUCGAGUGAAUGUAUCAUAGUUUGUCGAAACUGUGUACAGUGUAACCCCCGCGUAGGCGGGCUAUUUUCGGACAGUAUGUGUUCUACUUAGGUAACGAUGUCUGUUUUGUAAACCGUUGUAUACGAUGUGCGACUUCUUUGAAUUACAUCACGUCGACGAUGUAAGAUCGUUCGAAUUUUAAUAAGUAAGCUGGACUUAAUAUAGACGUAAUAAAUUUUAAACACUGUUACUCGUAUAUGCUUAAACUAAAGUAAUUGUUAGGGAAAAGUUUAACUAAUGUACGAGUAUUAUGUAAGCGAUUUUAGCCCCACAGCCAUCAUGUUCGAUGUAAAUAUUGUACCUACCUAUCGAUGUAAUGAAGACUACCAUUGGAAGCACUGACUGCUGCCAAAGCGGUUGCUGUUUAGUUUAAUUCAUAAUGGAUUCAGAUUUUAUCACUCGGAAGGAAUUAUAAUAUAGUGAUUAAGGAACUCUGUUACUCUGUCUCUAAGUUCUCAACUGGGAAUGUGCCAAAUGCUUCAGACUCACAGCAGCUCCCGUUCGCUGAUAUAAUUAAGACUAAACAUAUUGAGAUAGAAGUGUAAACAAACGAAAAUAAACUCCUUAGAGGACUUUCUAGUCAGUUUUGUAAAUAAAUUGUGAAUAAAAUAGUUGUCGCGUCGUAUGGGCGUUUUUAUUUAAAUUAGGAAAUAACAAGAUCUCAUUAGAUCGAGUAAGUUAAUUCAGUCAUUAAUUGAUAACCAAUUUUAGGAAUAAAUAAAUACUUUCUUUGUUAGCCAAUGUUCACUUCGCUGUGAUUAUGUUACGUGUUACAACUUAUUUAUUGUUACCCUUUACAAAAUGUGAUAGCUUAAUCGCUCAAGUUAGUGUUACUUUGCUUAUUUUAAGUUGAUGUGCUUGACACAAACUUGUGCAAUUGUACCUUGUAAUUACUGCAUGUUUCGUUAAACAUAUUCCCUAUUUGUAAAUUCCACUACAAUCAUUUUGUUUGGUGGAAUCACAUUGGUACACUGAAAUGAAUAAUAUUAUUCGCAUUUAAAUACUAAACCUAUUACUAUGUUACUACUCUGAUUGUCAUAUACGUUUCUGUAAAAUAUUGAGUAUGUGUUGUUAAAGAGAAUAAAAAUAAUAAAU